CAAAGAUAUCCUCCCAACCCCCACCCGGUGGGCGUUGGAAACCGCUAGGCCUUCGGAGGCGUCUUCCAACCUGUAGGAGGCUUCAAGUCUCCGAUUCCAGUACCUCGUGGGGGUGGAAUCGUACAGGGGUGUGAGUGGCACAGAACAUCAUGCAGGACCCAAAUGAAGAUACAGAAUGGAAUGAAAUUUUAAGAGAUUUUGGAAUUCUUCCUCCAAAAGAAGAACCAAAAGAUGAAAUUGAAGAAAUGGUUUUACGCUUACAGAAAGAAGCACUGGUUAAACCAUAUGAAAAGAUGACUCUUUCACAGUUAGAAGAGGCUGAAGAUGAAUUUGAUGAAGAAGAUAUGAAAGCCAUUGAAACAUAUAGAGAAAAGCGGCUACAGGAAUGGAAAGUACUUAAGAGAAAACAAAAAUUUGGGGAAUUAAGAGAAAUUUCUGGAAAUCAGUAUGUGAAUGAAGUCACAAAUGCAGAAAAAGAUGUGUGGGUUGUAAUUCAUCUGUAUAGAUCAAGCAUCCCAAUGUGUUUGUUGGUUAACCAGCAUCUUAGUCUCCUCGCAAGAAAGUUCCCAAUAACUAAAUUUGUUAAAGCCAUUGUGGAUAGCUGUAUUCAACACUACCAUGAUAAUUGUUUACCAACAAUUUUUAUUUACAAGAAUGGCCAGAUAGAAGGCAAAUUCAUUGGAAUUAUAGAAUGUGGAGGGAUAAAUCUCAAGCUGGACGAACUUGAAUGGAAACUAGCAGAAGUUGGAGCAGUACAGACUGAUCUGGAGGAAAAUCCCAACACAAGCAUUGAAGAUAUGAUGGUAUCUUCAAUUAGAAACACCUCCAUUUAUAAUGACAGUGAUAGUUCCAACAGUGAUAAUGAUAACAAGUAGAAAUAUUCAAUA